AUAAUCGUUAAUUUUUACAUGUUUCAUAUUUGGAGGACGUCGAUGUCGAGAGGUUAAACAAAUAAUUAAUUUCACACAUCUAUGUUUCCAGGUGCUGAUGCAAGAACGUGUUUACGAGGCUAUCUUAACUGUUUAUUUGGUUGCUGCACUGACGGUUACUUCAUCUACUGUUGCCUUAGCAACGGUGCUGGCAUCGGUAUCAUCAUUGGCGUGAUAGUCAUGGUCAUCUCCACCUGCGUCAUCUCUAUCGGUGUACGACGUCAUCGUGGACGGCAGAGGAGCAUGGCUGUUGGGCAACAAGCCAGCAACAUCCCGGGGACGACAGUGACGCAACUUCAAACGGCAUCUUCUCAGCCAAGUACCAGUGGAUAUGGACAACCAAACAGUGGUUAUGGACAACCAAACACAGGAUAUGGACAACCUAACACAGGAUAUGGACAACCAAACACAGGAUAUGGACAACCAAACACAGGAUAUGGACAACCAAACACAGGAUAUGCACAGCCAAACACAGGAUAUGGACAACCGAACCCUGGAUGUGGACAACCGACCAUGACCCAUGCAACAGCCCCUCCACCCUACGACGGUUAAUUGAGUGCUUAAUGGAAUCACACUCUAUGUGGUUUCACAGUGAAUGAAAAAAAAUAACUCCAGUUUAAAGUGAGUGAGUGAGAAUGGUUGUACACCGCUUUUAGCAAUAUUCCAGCAAUAUCACGGCGGGGGACACCAGAAAUGGGCUUCACACAUUGUACCCAUGUCGGGAAUCGAACCCGGUUCUUCGGCGUGACGCGCGAACGCUUUAACCACUAGGCUACCCGACCGCCCCCAUAGACAAUGUCCAAAAACAUCUAAAGUGUGGUAGUAGGUUGUAAGGUCAAGGAUGUAGUGACGGCGAACAAUAAUGAAAUGGUCUAUCACCUUGAUGGCAGAGAACUGGCAUAUGGCAAUAAAGGGAAUGGGUGGAUAGAAUGAGGUGUUUAAACAUUAUUGAAGGGAUAUUGUUUUUGUAUUGGAAUUGAUAUUAUAUAUCAUAUAUCAUAUAUAAGGGAGGACGGGUUGUUCUGGCGACUGAGGUACCGAUGUUGCGUCCCCGGGUUUGUUUGGAAGUUUAUGGGUUUGAAUUCCAUAAUCACAUUAAUUAUCAUCGUUGGUUUGUUAGCACAAGGGUGUGACUAAAGCGGUAGUCUAACACCUACACCACUUUGGGGUUUCCCCAACAUAAAGCUGAUACGCCGUGUUAUACGGCGUUAACUGAAAUACGAAUCAAUGCGGUGUAAACCCUAGUCACUAUGGAACUUCUUUGAGAGGCAUUUAGAAGUUGGAGUACUAAGUAAG